AUGUCUGAGGAAAGUCGUUAUUUUAAAGUUGGAGAUUAUGUUGAUGUAAAUGAUAAUAAUUACGGAUCUUGGGUUAUUUGCAAAAUACUGAAGAUAAAAAAAGAUCCUGAAAUUGUUAAUUCACAUGAUCCUGAUGGUCCAGUGCAAAAUGAUGGACUUAUAUACGUUGUUGGAUUCUAUCAGUGAGUUUAAAUUUCAAAUUUUACAAAUGAAAUACGGUUUUAUGUAAUAAAAUUAUUUAUCCUGUAUGUUCACUUAGGAGUUCUGAAAUGUCUGAAGUAAAAUUGCAUGCUAUAAGGCCACACGCAAGGGAAAUUAUUCAUUUAAACAAUGUGAAACCUGGCGAUAAAUUGCUCAUGAACUACAAUAUGGAAUAUCCGAAGGAACGAGGCUAUUGGUUUGACGUAACAGUACAAUCGGUAAAAAUUUCGAGGAGAUGCAAUGAAGUCAUUGGGAAUAUAAUACCUGGACUCGGUAAAACUGUGUUGAAGAAUUGCCAUUUGACAUUUGUGGAUGAUAUUUAUACAAUAAAACCCUAUACACUACUUGUAAACAGAACCCCGGAUGAUGAUAAAUUGAUGCAAACGGAGCCAGUUACGAGUAAUAAUAUUUAUACUUAGAUUACAUAAUUAUUAUCGAUUUUAACAAAUCUUAAAAACCUUUAUCUUAAACAAUCUUUGUUGCAUGUAAAUAUGCCAAAGUCUUUGCAUUUUCUAUUGUUCCUAUGAUGAUCUUAGCAACAUCUAUAUCAAGAUAUUUAAAUAAGCUUUUUCUCGUUUUUCCUCUUGUUUUUUUUUUUCGAUUUUCCAAGUUUGAUGAGAAAACGCCCGAGAAAAUCGAAAAAAGACUACUGCAAAGUUUCUCCCCAGUCAGAUUUCCAAUUAGAAAAAUUGCUAUCAUAAUAACUAUAUUUUUACUUUAAUAUAGGAGCUGGUCCUUUGCGUUGUAUUGCUUGCAAAGAUAAUUUAGAGAAAUAUUGCAAAGAAUGUGGUUGCCAAAUUUGUGGUGGAAAGGACAAUGAAGACCGGCAAAUAAUGUGCGAUGAAUGUGAUCAUCCAUAUCACAUGUCGUGUCUUGAUCCACCAAUGGAGUUAAUUCCUGAAGACGACGAUUGGUUAGUGAAUUUAGAAUAUUGAAUAGACAAAUGGUAAUAUAGCAAUGUGAAUAUAAAUUAUAAUAUGUCUCAGGUACUGCCCAUCUUGUAAAACAGAAGAAAACGAUAUUGUUGGAGCCGGUCAAGAAUUAAAACAUAUAAAAAAAAAGAAAUCGACGUCGAAUCGUGAUUGGGGUAAGGGUUAUGCAUGCGUUGGUAGAGAAAAGACAUGCGAUAUUGUACCUGUAGACCAUUUUGGUGCUAUUCCCGGUAUUGAGGUUGGGACUACUUGGCUUCUUCGUUCGCAAGUAGGUUUUGGAAAAUCUAUUGCUUGAGCAUAUUAAUUUGUUAAAUUUAUACUUAGGUAUCUGCAUCCGGCGUUCACCGUCCUCCUACUGGAAGAAUACAUGGCCGAGAUAAAGUCGGAGCAUUUUCAAUCGUAUUCAGUGGAGGUUAUGAGGAUGAUGUUGAUAACGGGGACGUAAUUAUGUAUACCGGGUCUGGCGGAAGGAACUUGAAAGAUAAAAACAAAAAACCGGUGAAACAAAGUAUUAAGAAAGAGCUGACACGUUCCAACAGGUAUAACUGAUAAUAUUCUUACUGAAAAGUAUUUAUCGCAAAAUUAUAAUGUAUAUAAUUAUCAAAAUAAUAAUUUUUAGAGCUUUGGCACUAAACUGCGACUCCGAAUUGAAUGUAAAUGGAGCUAAUGCAGUGAAUUGGAAGGACGGAAAACCUUUGCGAGUUAUAAGAUGUAGUAACUCAAAACACUCAAAAUAUGCUCCGGAGUUGGGAUAUAGGUAGGCAUAAGACGUUUUAAGAUUGUUUUAAACUUGUUCAUUUUUUUUUUACUUCUUCAUUCCAACUCUUCGGGUGAUCGGCUGUCUUUAAUAGAGACUUUCACUUGACCAAUUGUUUCAAAUGAAAAAUUAUAAUUACAAUUUGAAAGUGCGAAGAAACAAUAAUUAUAAAAACGAACACCGUGUAAAUAGGAACAACCAAAAAACCUUAUUCUAUUGAAAUUUAUUCCAUUAUUUUAUAGGUAUGAUGGUCUUUACAAAGUUUAUUCAUACUUCCCAGUACGCGGUUUAUCCGGGUAUAUUGUUUGGCGGUAUGUAUUAAAAAGGGAUGAUCCAGCACCAGCACCUUGGACACAAGAAAGCACAGACAAUAUGGCCAAAAAGGGUCGGGAAAUAAUUGUAAGUUCUGUUAAAAAAUAUCACAAUAUAAAUUAUUGGGAAAAUUAUGUAUCGUUUCAUUGUAAUUUGUUUUAAGAUUCCUGAAAAUUAUAACAUCAAAACAACAAUCAAACAAGAGAAAAGGCCUUUCAAAGAAAAUGAGGAGAGUAAUGAGUCUACGAGCGGUUCAUCAAAAACAGAAGGCAUUACGGAUGAUAUGAAAAAGAAGANAAUUUUUAAUAUUAUUUCUAUUGAUAUUAUAUUGUAA